AUCCUACCCACACACACACAACACUGGAUAUCUAAAGAAUGUUUAAAAGCAUGAAAUGGAAAAAUUAGAAUGUUCCGAUCUAGACCAAAUCUGCUACAUUUGUGACAGGAAAACUAAAGAUGAACUCCCUGAAGGGAAACUAUACAAGCGAGAUAAUCUAGUUGUUCAUCAUUUCUGCUUACUUUUCGCCAGUGCACUUGUACAGAACGGAGAGGAUGAUGAAGGUAUUCUGGGUUUUCUAAACCCUGAUAUACGCAAAGAAAAAAACAGAGGGAAAAAAUUAAACUGUUUUUACUGUAAGAAGAAGGGAGCUACAGUUGGGUGUCUGGAUACUAAAUGCAAAAGGUCCUAUCAUUUUCCUUGUGGUCUAUAUCAUGGAGCUUUAUACCAGUUCAAUGAUACCUUUCCAUCCUACUGCCACACCCAUCGCCUCCUACAAGCCCCGCCUACCGGGAAAAAGGAGGUCCCAACCUCCUGCGGAGUCUGCUUUGAAUCUAUAGAAGGUCAAGAGAAAGAGAAGAAGUCGAAGAAGAAAGAGGAAAAAGAGGAGAAAGAGGAGAAGUUUGAUAUUUGCGUUGAAACAGUGUGGAGUCCCUGCUGCAGUGGUCUAUUCCACGUCAACUGUAUCCGAAGGUUGGCUUGUACAGCUGGAUAUUUCUUCAAGUGUCCUCUGUGUAACUGCAAGGAUGGGUUUGAAGAGGAGAUGAAGAAGUUCGGAGUAUUUGUCCCGGAGCAGGAUGCUUCCUGGGAAACUGAACCCAGUGCCUACAGUGGUCUACUAGAGAGAUACGGUAAAUGUGAUGCUGCUGAAUGUUUGUGUGAGGAGGGGAGAGAGAAGGAUAUUCAAGAUACAGCUUACGAGAUCAUACUCUGCAGCUCAUGUGGUUCCGCUGGAGUGCAUAUUGAUUGUGGAAAACUGAAACUAUCUUCCCCUGAAUAUGUUUGUUCCUCCUGUACCCUUCCAUCCUCCCAACCAUCCUCUCGUCUACCCAGAUCAAGAACUCGAGGAGAAAAUAUACCAAAAAAGUUAGAAAUCACUAAAAAUGUGCGAAAUCCUAGUCCACCGAAAAACCCGCGAAAAAUCCUCUGUUCCCAUCCCCGGCUGGUGCCUGAAGGUGAGAAUGUGAGCAGACCAACCACUCCAGUGCAAUCAGAGGGAACGGCUAAACCUAGAACGGAAACUUCUCCUUCCCCUUCCACAUCAUCAACACCGUCAACUUCAUCUUCAGCCUCGACAAGUUCUCCUUCCUUAACUUCCUCGGAUGUGGACACAUCAGUUAGUAAUUCAUCUUUUAACACUCCAUUUUCAUCUUCCACCCCUAAAUCUCCAGUUCCUGCUCCAACUCCACUAAAUCGAUCAGUAUCUGCUCCAUCUACCCCAAUCAGAAAGUCUGGAGGUCUAGAACGACGACCUCCAGGACCCUCCUCUAAUCCAGGAACACCAACAUCACGAGACCUACCUAAAACCAUCUGGAACAGAUCAUCUUCACAAACUCCGAUUAUUGGAUCCUCCCCUAGUCCACGAACCAGUAAAGAACUCAAGAAAACUGCCAAUAAAAAGUUUGGGAACGGCACGCUGCGUAUAUUUUUACAAAAAAAUAAAAACGUCAAAAUCGUAAAACUUGUAAAAGUUAAACUCGAUGUGACAGCUCCAAAUAUUCUCAAUUUGAAAUCUCUGGAUGACAUCGAUAGUGAUGCUUCUGCCAAAAAGAAGAAAAAGAAGGAAGUUAAGAGUAAGCCACUCUCUACCCCUAAACUAGCAGUGGAUAAAAUUGAUUUGAAUGAAUCUAGUUUAAAUGAAAAAAGUAAAGAACAAAAUAAACUGCCAAGUAUUAAUGUGAUAGAGUCAAGUCUUAAAGUGAAAUUGGGUAACUUCGCUCCCAAAAUUAACGACAAAGUGAAAAGUACAAGAAUCAAGAAAUAUUUGCCAGCUUUGCGGUAUUUAAAACCCAAAAGACUUCCAAAACACCAGAGAUCUGCAAGGCUUCCUUUUACAGAACGGAGGGAGGAUAAUUCCAAAGAUACUUUUAAACCUGAACUUCAAACUGUUGCUGAAAAGGCUGAGAAUGCUGAAAUUGAUGAUGAAAUCAUGAAUAUCGUUCACAGGAUUUCCUUUGAUGAAGAUGAAAUGGUGUCACCCACAAUAAGUAGGAGUCCCUCACCUACUCCAAAUACUAGAAUAAAUACUACUCCAAGUAUAACUACUCCUAUUUUUGGGAUUCCUGUUCCUACUUCUCCUAGAAUUCCUACACCCACAGCAUCUAUUGAAAUACCUAUUCCUACAGCAUCCAGUGGAAAACCUACUCCUACUUAUGGAAAACCAACAUCUACUCCUACUUCUGAUCGUAGACCUUCUACUCCUACUCCUUCUCCGAGUAUACCUACUCCUACUCCUAGAACCCAUACUUCCAGUCCUGCUCCUUCAACUUCAACUACCCAGAACACUUCAUCCUUGAACACUUCUACAGAUAGUUCAUCCUCCUCAAACUCUAGUUCAUCCGACACUUUAUCUUCCUCAAUACCCACACCAUCAUCAAAACCCACUCCAAACACAUCAUCAAUGCCCACACCAAACACAUCAUCAAUACCCACACCAAACACAUCAUCAAUACCCACACCAAACACAUCAUCAAUACCCACACCAAACACAUCAUCAAUACCUACACCAAACACAUCAUCAGUAGAACCUGAAGCAGAUUCGGCGACCAGUUUAAAUUCAAAGUAUAUUACAGCUAUUGGAUCAAAAACAGCCUCAGCUACUGAGUUGGGAUUAAAUCCUGAAGUAACAAAAUUACAGAAGGAGAUUAAAACGCAAGUUGAGAAUCGAGUUUUAAUCAAGGUGAUUAAAGACUCUGAACAAUCAUUCCUUGAGCUGGAAGAGUACUUAGAGAUGAUUCCGCGAAUGAGAGAGAUCCAGACGAAGAGUCCGAUCAUUUCUGAUCUUCUUAGGCUCAAGCGACGCAGAGAGAGUGCAUUUGAAGCUAUGAAUAAAAAGCAAAGAACAGACAGCGGAGAUUUAGCUAACAACACAGCUGAACAUCUUCAAGACAUUACAGACAAAGAAUUAGUAACUGAUGAUCCUAUGAUUGAUAUUCAACCCGAAGUAUCUAAAGAGCAACCUCAUGAAACUAUACAUCCCGGCGAAGAUUUUGAUAUAUUAGGUUCUAAGAAUCAUGAAGAUAAACUCAAACAGUCUACGCCAACUUCCAACCCCUCAAAACCUAGAUCCAAACGAUCUCUUACUCAAGAUUUUGUCAGUUCUUUCCCCUCAUCCAGCAAGGAACAUCUAUCUAAACUAAAGGAUUCAAAAUGUAUUCAAGAUUUAUCCACAAGUAAAAAAGUCUGCAAAAGUUCUCAAUCAUCUUCAGAAUGGUCUAGAGCGGAUUCAGCAGAAAAAAUGUCUUUGCCUGAUGAUAGAAAAGAUGUUUCAACUGUGACGGUAAGAGAAGAGACUACAUCUGAACCUAAAUCUAAGAAGAGUUGGACAAAAUCAAUUGAGAAUAUGUCAAUAAUUGAACCUACAGAGAAAUGUUCUUCAACUAAACCUUCAGAGAAAAAUAGUUCACCUUUGUCAGAACAGAACAGGGUUAUUACUAAACCUGUUGUGGAUACGUCAGAAGCUAAACCUUCGGAAGAAAGGUUGGCAAGCAAACCUAUAGAUUGUGAGAUAACAUCUGAAUCUUCCAAGGUUACAUCUAUGCCUAGUGAAGGGGUUAAAUUUACACCUAAACUUAGUGAAAGAUCAAAAUCUCAAUCUAAACCUAGUGAAAGGUUAAAAUCUACAUCUAAACCUAGUGAUGAGAGGUCAAAAUCUACAUCUAAACCUAUUGAUGAUAGUUUAAAAUCUCCAUCUAAACCUUUUAAAGGUUGCUCUAUCACCAAAAAGAAUAAAACUCUUAUUUGUAAUUCCUCCGGGAUUGAUGCAUCUAAAAUUGUAAUGGAUUCUUCUAAUGUCAGAAAUGAACAAUACGGAGAAUCAAAAAUCAGUGAGAAUAUCUUCGUUCAACCCCAGCCAUAUACUCCUAAUGCUAAUUCUUCAGCUGAUAUAACUGAUGUAUCUGCUGACAACCAUUUUGUAACUGUACCUGAUUCAAACUUACUACUUCCAGUAUUUGCCACUGCGCCCUCGCUAGCCAUUAAUAGUCCCUCUCCCUCUCUCCUAGUGGCUCCUAUAGUACCAGUUCUACCUUAUGUAUCUCAUGUACCAUUUAUGUAUGUACCAAUCGAAUCUCAAAAUGAUACUCAAAGCCUAAUUUCUUCUAUGCCAAUUUUACCGAGGAUUCCUGAUCCUGAACUGAUGGAUCCAGCCACUAUCAAUUCAUUGGUAACAAAUGAUUCCUCUCCUGAUUCAUCUUUAAACCAACUUGAUGAAACCCAAACCAAGAAACCCAAAAGGCCAAGACUACUAAUAUACUCAAAGAAACCAAAAGACUCGUCUAAAAUGGACAAAUCCUCAGAAAAUUUAAUCAUUCCCGCUCCAAAGUGUAAAAGUGAAGAAAUCUCCCCGAAUACUUCUCAAACGUCUGAUGUCAAAGUUCCAUUGUCAGGGCUGAAAACUGAUCUCAAGUCCGGCAAUGAUCCUCCACGUCUCAAGAUAAGUUUCCGCAAAGACAUCUUCAAUGAUAAUCACAUUUUCAAGGAAUCUCCAGGAAAACUUGAAAGAAAUCUUUGUUCAGAAGAGUCCUAUGUUGGACUGCCUAAUUUUAUCCUAGAUAGCGGAAUGACGCCUGAUCAAAAGAUUGAGGCUGAUGACUCAUUAACUAAUCCUAAUACUACUGAGGUUAAGGGUGGCCGAAAACAAAGCUCUGGAAGGUUAGGGGACAAACGGUAUUUUAUGACACGCAUUCUUACAUCCAUGAAUAAACUUGCUAGGAAUCCUUUGCUAAAUCGCCCCUUGGCAUUUAAAAGUUUCACAUUUGAUGCAACACCGCUUAUACGCAUGCGCAGACUUGAAGAUCAUGGAGUGCGAAGGAAAAGCAAGAAAGUUCUAAAUGAUGUCACCAACUGUAACGAAGACAGAAGACUUGGAUUAAACCGCCCAAAACUUUUCAAAUCACGAGGGGGAGAGAGAAAAAAUCAGCUGUGGAAAUCCUCAAAAAUAAAUUCUAGGAUUAAAACGAUGAUAAGUAAAAACGGAACUAUUCAGAUGAUCGUUGAUAAGAGCGGAGAGGAUCAAAAAGAUGACGCCAACGUCAGCAAAUAUUUUAAGAUCAGAAAUCAUGCAUCAUCAUCUUCUUCAUCACAGUCCACAUCACCCCCGAUCAAACUUACCAUACCAAGGAGUAGGCUUACAGAGAUAACCAGUCCCAAGCUAGUUCUCAAGAUCUCUAAGAGGAAGCUGAAAAAAUUGAAAAAGCACAAAUCUAAAAAGACCAAGAAGGAGAAGAAAAAUAUUCCUAAAACAAUGAAAGUCAAGUAUAAGAACAAGUACGGACGUGUUAUAGAAUACGCUAAAAAUUUGCAGCCAGAAGAAAAGUUUUAAAUUAGUUGCUGGAUCUAGAGAAUUCAUGUUAUUGAUUUAAUAAAGUGAACAAUUGUAUGA